UCAAGUGACUGUCGAUUGGAAGUAUGGCUGUCACUUCUUUUGUGAUAAAUCUUUGUUUGCAUACCCACAACUAAUCUUAACGUUUCAUACGCAGAACAAGGCAGGUGAGACGGGUGAGGUCUGUAUCGUCAGUUAACAGUUCAGUUUGGAAAGACACAGACUCAGUGAUCUGGCCACGGAAAAAGGAACCCAGCUACACCAAGAAAAGGCAUGGAAUGGAUCAAGCAACUCAUCGUCUGUUCAUGUCUGGUGUUGAAAGUUUUCUCAACAAGUGCUCCUUGCACCAACUGUGACCGUAACAACGUGACCUGUGUUGACGGUGUGUGUCCACCUCGCUGUGUCAAUGUGACGUCAUCUGGAGAGUGUCUCCAGUGUCUGGACUCCAGGUUCUAUGGUAAACAGUGUCAACAUGACUGUCCAGACACCUGUCUCAACUCUCGUUGUCAGAUGAACAACACCCGUGUUGUGUGUACAGAGGGAUGUGUGGCCGGCAAGAAGGGAGAUAACUGUGGAGUGAACUGUCCUACAGCCUGUACACAGUGUGAACGUUAUGGUGAUGGUUGUACAGGACCGUGUCAGAAUCCCCAGUAUUACGGUCAACACUGUAGAACACCUUGUCCCUCCAUCUGUACAGGUGGAUGUAAUAGGAUCACAGGGGAGUGUGACAGCUGUGAGCCAGGUUACACAGGGGACAAGUGUGAUGUUACCUGUCCCCCCAACUGUACAGGUGGAUGUGAUAAAGACACAGGGGAGUGUGGCAGCUGUGAGCCAGGUUACACAGGGGACAAGUGUGAUGUUACCUGUCCCCCCAACUGUAGAGGUGGAUGUGAUAAACACACAGGGGUGUGUGACAGCUGUGAGCCAGGUUACAGAGGAAAGAAUUGUAAUGACACCUGUCCCCCGAGCUGUAGAGAUGGAUGUGACAAGGAGAUAGGACAGUGCAAGAGAUGUAAUCCAGGGAACAGUGGCAAGUACUGCAAUACUUCCUGUCCUGAUACUUGUAGGGAAGAAUGUACUGAAGAUGGAAAGUGCCAAUCGCCAGUUACAGCCAAAAGUCUCGGUGUAAUACUGGUUGUGAUGGCUGUGUGCUUGUGCCUGGCUCUUGUUGGACUUAUCGUAUGGAGAAGAAGGCGAAGACGGAAAUUGAAACUAAAGGCUGACACCCCUGUCCUUGCUCCUUUCAUUCCAAUGUCUGAGCGUAAUGAUGACACCGUCAGUGACAUGUCCGACGCCGACAACCCCUUGUACGAACACGCCGGCGGCCCGAAGUGUGUUCCUCAAAUACGUAUGUGUCCGGAACUGCAAGGGGAAGAAUCAGUCAGUUACAUGGCGGAGGAGUUCAAGAAAUUACCUACGCCAAUCGCCAGUUCAUCUCACUGUGGACUUUUGACUGAGAAUGUCUUCAAAAACAGAUAUAGGGACAUUCUACCAUUUGACACCACACGAGUGUGUCUGGAGGUGGAGGACGAGGGCGGAAGUGAUUAUAUCAACGCUUCCUACAUUGAUGGUUACAAACAAGAAACGCAAUUCAUUGCAACACAAGGUCCUUCCAGCCACGCGGUGUUGGACUUUUGGAGAAUGAUCUGGCAAGCUGAUGUAAACAAGAUUGUAAUGUUGACCAACCUCUUCGAGGCAGGAUUUUCAAAGUGUGACCAGUACUGGCCGUGCUGCGGCGUCGAGUCCAAGACAUAUGGAUACAUAUCGGUUCAGUGUAUAGAGGAGAGAGUGUUCAAGCAUUACACGACAAGACGCUUAGCGAUAUGGAAAUCCAACUCUCCAACGAGGGUGAUCCAUCACCUGCACUAUACAUCCUGGCCGGCCUACGGUGUCCCGGAUGAAGUGACGUCACUCAUUGACUUCUACAAAGUGGUCAGGAACACGGACACAGACGGGGGAGGCACCACAGUGGUCCACUGCAGUGCUGGGGUUGGGCGAACUGGAACCUUCCUGGCCCUAGUUUAUCUGAUUGAACAGUCCAGGGAGGAACAUCGAGUAUGUGUGUUCUCCUGUGUCCAGGGAUUCCGCAUGCAGAGGAUGAACAUGGUCCACACAGAGGAACAGUACAUUCUACUGUACCACGCCCUGAUCGAGGCCCUGAAGACCCGGGGGAUACUGCCUGACAACUGUAGACCUGUGUGGCUCCAGUGUCAGCGCUGCUGGGAGAACUUCAAGCGGCAUCCUGUAUGUAAUGGUGUGCUGAUGUGCUGAUGUGCUGAUGAGAUGUUGAGAAGGCGCACAAGGGUUCGCGAAAGAAGUAAUUACCCGAGUUGAGCUAUUCCUUUCUUCAUGUUUGAGUAUGUGAGGAGGAAGGGUGACACUUGUAAAGAGCUGUCGUGCAGGGCGAAGAGAUGUUGCUGUCAAUGAUGUAUAUUAGUCUCUUGCUGCCGCACCACAUACCUUACCCGAAGCAACACUUCAGAAUACCCAAGUGGCCAAUCAGCCUGAUUUUUUCUGAGGAGUAUCCGACAUUCGCCAUGCUAUGUAUAACUCUCUGUACAUUCCUUCAUAGUCUACGCUAGUGCUGUAACGUCUAAGCCCACAUGUACGGGCGAGUAGGAAAUUUAUAUUGAUGAGUGAAUAAAUGUUUUUAAAGCCGCAUUCAGCAAUAUUCCAGUUGCAUCACAGCGGCCUGUAAAUAUCUGACUAUGGAACAGGCAAACGUGUUAUUGCAAACACGGCCAAUACUGCGAAUUGAGACCGGUCAGACUUGUAUAUAACUCUUCCCCAAACAAUAUAUUUACUGUAACCUGUUGAUAACAUGUGGUAAUUAUACACCGAUAUUGUUGCAUCCAUAGAUUUGCUGUAACCUUUAUGUGUAGCAACUUUAACAUCUUCCUUACUGAUGUACAUGUAGAUGUGUGAUAUUGUUUUGAUACCUCGUUUGAUUAAAUACAAGUCGGUACAGAAAUAUGUUGCAUCCAAAGUGAAAUUUGCAAUGAAUUCUAAGUGAAGUAACGAUAUUGCAAGAAAAGUUCAAUGUCAUACAAUAAUACAUGUUCGCUACGAAUGUAUAAUCGAUGCAAUGGUAUUUGAAAGGUCAGGGGAUCUUGAUACACAUAUAUUACUGGCCUGUAUAAAUAUCUGUAUAUGCAGCGAAUGAAUAAAAAUUAUAUACGCCCCUGGA